AUGACUACAUUACAGGUGCCUACUCCUGCAUAUGCUCAAUCCUUGCUGUCAUCCAGGUCGUCUUCUCCUUCUUCCGGUGGAGAAAAGACAACCACUGUGAUCUUGGAACCAGGGACACAACCGGACUAUGUCUACGACAACGCUUUGCCGCCCUGGAGAGCAGCUAUUCGCCGUUGGGUUGUGAAAUCCUUGCGAUGGGAAUCCGAAUGUAUAGCCAACAUGCAGAGAGUUGUACGCCGGCCUUGGCUCGAUACUUACUUUGUCUACACAUCCACAUUGGGGACGCAUACGUUCUUUAUGACAGUCUUGCCUGCAUUCUUUUUUUUUGGGUACCCGACAUGUGGAAGAGGACUGGUUCAGAUUCUUUCGUUUGGCGUGUAUACGUCAACUUUCGUCAAAGACUCUAUCUGCUCUCCUCGACCGUACACUCCCCCGGUGACUCGACUGACCAUUGGGACGCAUCAUCUGGAAUAUGGAUUUCCUUCGACCCACUCGACGAAUAGCCUUUCCGUCGCCUUGUACAUCUUCACGCUUUGCCUCUCUCUCCCACCUUGGGGUCUAGCAAUCACAUCCGCAUUACUGUCGUUCUAUAUCUUCAGCAUUGUGUAUGGACGGCUCUACUGUGCCAUGCAUAGUUUCACGGACUGCAUUGCUGGUUGUCUCAUUGGCACCCUGAUUUGGUCUAUACAAUGGGCAUGGCAGGAUCGCAUCGAACAGUUCAUGGCAAUAAAGGGGCCGCUUGGUAAGCCCAGGAGCGAACCCAGGAGCGAAUGGUCUUGUACAGUGCCAACUAUUACCAUCUUAAUGGGGUUGCUCCUCAUCAAUCAGCAUCCUGAGCCUGUGGAUGAUUGCCCCUGUUUCGAGGAUGCGAUCGCUUUCGUCUCUGUGGUUAUGGGUACCACCCUGGGCCGAUGGCAUGGGUCUCAAGCGGGUUUGGACGCUGAAUCCGGAUUCUUCCAUUCACUUACGCCUGGUUGGCAAUUGGCGAAUCUGAACGACUGGUUGACAUUCUUUGGCUUUGCACUCCUCAAGAUGCUAGUCGGCAUCGCUGCUAUCUUUCUGUGGCGACUGGUCAUGAAAACUGUGCUCCUCGCUAUGCUCCCGCCCUUCUAUCGUAUAAUCUCACACGUGGUCACUCUGCCCACCCGAAGAUUCUAUACCCCAGCGACCCAAUAUACGUCUGUUCCCCAAGAAAACGGCCUUCACCUGACACCAUCGCUCAUCGAUAUCCCAACUUCAGAGCCUGGUCCCAAGCACAGUUUACAUGCCUCAAUAGCCAGCGGAAGCAUUGCAAAACAGAGAGGGGCGCAGAAUGGUAGAGAAAAGUGGCCUGCUCCUGUCAACGAUGUUGAAAUCAGUACGGAUCGCUUCAACGUAGUGAAACACUAUGAUGCAUCGGUCAUAACGAAGGUUGUGGUCUAUGCUGGAAUCGGUUGGAUCUCGAGCGAAAUGCUCCCUGCCAUGUUCGAGAUUUUUGGCUGGGGUGUGAAGAGCGGAGGAAGGCAGUGGUUCGCGAUAUGUCUUUCAACCCGAUCAGGGUCCAGCUCACUUCGAUUCGCAGGUGACGGUCAUACUGUCUGGAGAAGAAUAGGCAAUCUGCUACACCAGGCAGGCUACAAUGGAUGGCUCGUGCAUGUUUUUGUUCGGAUUUGUACGCAUGGUUAG